AUGUUCAAAGUAAUUUCAAUGGCUAAGUUUAGCUUUUUAAUUGUGAACGAAACCUCAAAUACAUUUUAAGAAUCAGGUUGAAUGCUACAGUGGGAUGGAUAACCAAGACUAAUAGACUUUGUGGAUUCAUUAUCCAUGUAGGUAACAAACAGAAAAAGUUUUAUAGUGACGAUAGUUCUAUUCUUGUGAAGUAAAAAAUGUCUUUUUCUUAGAUUUAAAGAGUUACUUGCUUGUAAAGUAAGUUUUUAUAAUGUUUAUGAAUUCUAUGACUUUAAAGAGUAAAUUGGAAAAGGUGCUUCAUCUAGAGUAGUGAAAGCUUUCUGCAAAUUUACAUAGAAAUUUGUUGCAAUCAAAAUAAUUGAUAAAACCACUCUUAAACCUUUAAAUUAUGUACCUAAUCCAUUUCUAUUUCUAGGCUUCUUUAGAAUAAGAAAUUGAAAUAUUAUUGAAAGUCAAAGACUCCAUAUAUUGUUCUCAGAUUAUCGAAAUUUAUUAGAGCCAAUAUGCUUUCUAUAUUGUUAUGAGAUUAUUGAGUGGACAAUCAUUGUCUACUUAUCUAGAAAAUCAGUAAGGAGAAAUCUAAAAGAAAUUAACAAAUAAACAAAUCUUGUAAAUCAUGAGAAGACUACUAGAAGGAGUAAAUUACUUACAUUCAGUUGGAGUACAUAAAUUUUAUUUAAAUUAUAAUUUAGAUCAUACACAGAGAUAUUAAGCCUGACAAUUUGAUGUUAGGUGAAUAAGAUAAUUUUGAUACAAUCACAUUAAUAGAUUUUGGAUUAUCUACAUUUACUAAGAUCAACAGAUACUUAUUUUAUAAAUGUGGUACUCCAGGAUAUGUGGCUCCAGAAAUUUUAAAUUCUGCAGUAAGAAAUCAAUAAUCAGAGAGUUGUGAUAUCUUUAGUUGUGGAUGCAUCUUUUAUAGAUUGUAUGUUUAAUAAAUUUAAUAAUAUAGAAUAACAGGUAAAAAUGUAUUUAAAGGUCGAACAUAUGAUGAAUUACUCCAUAAAAAUAAGUAAUGUUUAAUUGACUUUAAUGUUAAGUAAGAACAACAUAGUAAUCAGAAUGCAAUAAAAUUAUUACAUUCAAUGCUUAGGAAAAAUCCUGAUGAAAGAAUAACAGCUAAAGCAGCAUUACAAAGUAGUUAUUUUUAUAAUGAAUCUCUCUUCUCAAUAAAUGAUGAAAAUUGGGACUCAUCUCCUCUUGUUAAUCAGCUACCUCAAUUUACGGCUACGAUUGGCAGAGUAUUUUAGUUAACAGCUCGAGAUUUUACCAGUUAGAAACUCAUCAUUCCGAAAUAGAGAGAUAAUAAUUUCUAUUCCCCCUAAUUAAGUCCUAUUAGAAAAGAUUAAUAAUGA